AUGCUGGCCUUCUUUCCGAUCUUCAUCCUCCUGGUGGCCAUUCUCUGCAUUGCCUCUGGUGGUGCAGCUGUCCUCCCCGAAAGCCCGACGUAUCUCAUUCGAAAAGAUCGAAUAAGCGCGGCUCGCAAAUCACAGCGACGACUGGAUUCCGGCCCUAUCGAAUCGCAUUAUCAAUCCGAGCAACUACGCUCGUUCAUUGAAAAAGAAGAUCAAGAUGCAGCCAGCAAGGCGACUGGGUACCGUGACUGCUUCACAGGCGUCGACCGCCGGCGUACCAUGAUCGUUAUGUUUGCAAGCCUCAUCCCAUCGCUUUUUGUCGGCAUGAGGCAUGAGAGCUUUCUGUUCUCACAAGCUGGCAUCGGACUGGGGUUGGCAGCUAACCUAGUCAGCAUGCAGACACUGUGUAAUUAUGGCCGUGUGCCUCUGCUUAUUGUCAGAUUAAGCGUCCCGACGCUCGUCUGGAUGAGCAUAAGGGCUGCCGGCUGUUUCCUGGGAACUACUAGCGCCUGGUACACGGGGAUCACACUAGUGACGGUAAUCACGACCUGCGGUAUUGGUGUAUGGCCAACAUCCUACGCUGUCGGUGGAGAAGCAUCCUCUCUGCGGCUUCGUGCCAAGUCCCAAGCUGUGGGCUGA